AUGGCAGGGUCUUUGGACGCGGCUAUUCGCGGCGUUCUUUUGCAGUAUGGACGGGCAAAGGAGAUUGAAAAGCAGGAAGUUACAACGGACGCUCCUGAUGGCUGCGGUGAUCUGGAGGAAGGGGUGGAAGGGAUGAGCGCUGCGAAGGAAUCAGAAGAGGCAGUAGUAGCCGCUACACAAAAGGGGAAAAUGCUCAAAGUAGCCCGCAUGCUGGUGGAUUCAAAUCCCCGCAUCCGCAACAAAGGGAUGGCCAGUGUGGGAAGUUUUCUGGAAAGUUUCCAAGAACUCAAGGAAGACGAAAUACUCCGUGUUUGGAGUACCCUGUACUACGCCGCUUGGUUGAGCGACAAGCCUCUCGUGCAGCGCGACUUCUUCGUUCGCGCCUCCUUGUUGCACCGUCGCCUGCGUUGCGCCAAAGCGAAGACUCUUUUCUUCUGCAGCUUUUUUAGAGUCCUUGUAUCGGAGUGGGGAAAUAUCGACAAGCACCGGACCAACAAGUUUCUUUUGUUUUGUCGCAUCUUUUUGGCAGAGUGGAUGCAUGUCAUGCAUUUAAUGAACUGGGAAGAAUCAUUUACAAAAAUGGCUGUAGAGUUCUUGAGCGACGAGAUUCUUUUGCAAAGCAAUGCGCGGGGGGUGGCCCUUCAUCUGGUUGACGUGAUCAUGGACGAAUUUCGCGUGUUGCUGGAUCCCGAGACGCAUCCUGCAGGGGUGGAUGGUGGGAACAGUGGAGCAGCUGCUGGAGAGAAACAGCAGGAGGAACGACUCCGUGCGUUUGCCUGGAUUUUCGUGCCGUUUCUCCGCUGCUGCUGUUUCUCUCGAGAUGGGCCCUUGGUCGCCCGCAUUCAUGAACGCACCUUGCGAAAGUUGGAGGCGCAGGACGUGGAUCUGCAGUUCGUUUCUGCAGCGCUAUUCUCUUUGGCGAGCGACAAACGGCUUCGUAGUGAGAGCAGGAGGCAACUUUUUGCGUCAUAUGAAAAAAUCAAGGAUAGUGCGUCUUUGGCUGGCCUCGCAUCACGAAGUUCGUGCGAUCGCAGGAUUGGCAGCUUUUCGUCUUCGAGCUUUUCGUCUCUGUUGCUGCAACGCGUCUUUGCCAAUUUGGGCAAUGAGCCGCAGCAGGAGCCGUGCGAAGGUUCAAAGGACCUCCCAGAUACCAGGAAGAGGCUUUUUCUCGCAGGUGAAAGUGGAGAUAGCGAUGUGUUCGCAGUGGCUCAGUCAGAACCAGAGGUCUCGUCCGGUGUCUCGACAGCCGACAUGGACGGAAAGCGGCCUGCAGUAUCGCGAAAAGAGGAGAAACGGCCAAAGAAACGACGACGCCUGCAACAUCAACAGCACGGGCAAGCGACCCAGAUGACAUCUCCGGAGACUCAGGCCCCCGAAGGGGACGCUCCGGCGCGAAAGGCUAAAAAAUCGCGGCAGAAGAAGGGGAAACAGCCGAACAGCACAGAGGAGGGGCAGGGGCAGACUCUUACAGACGGGCAGGCGGCACAGGGUGGCUUGCGGCUCCCUAUCAGGAGCAGCGGAGCUUCUAAUAGCAGCAAUGGUUUACCUGUGGCGCUGGAAGGGAGCGACAGGGCUUCUGUUACUGUGAGGCCUUCGCUUGUGCCUCCUGUGCACAUGCACUCUGAAGAACAGACGACAACGUCGGGUAGUGACACUUCAGGGGAGCGCAGUGGGGACGUGGCUGUAUCAGCGCAGGGCUCUUCCUCUGCUUGUGGCGAGCAGGCCGCUGAGGCUGGCAGUUGCAAGGCAGAGCAAGGCGGCCAAAAUCUUUUGCGAAGAAGCCUCCGUAUUUCGGAGGCUACUCCCGGCAGCAAGCGGGUCUUGUUCAAUCUCAAGAGAAACAAGGUAGUAGCUUUUUCGCGUCACGCUCCGUCUUUAGCGGUUGGCCCUGCCGUGUCUCCUUCGGUGAAGAGCGCGGUGAAAAGCCGUCAGUCGGAGCAGUCAGGAACGCAGCCGGCUGCAGGGGUGCAGGCUGUUGGGGGAAUACCGCCUCCCCGGGGUAUCCUGCGAGCUGCAAAGGAACUGGGCCCCCCCACGGGGGAAGAAGUGGCUCCCAUGCCCCCGAUUCAAAAGAGCCAGAGGGCCCCCUGGUGGGGUGGGACAACAGCGGAGCUCAUGGCUAUCCUCAGGCGAGCCCUUGCACAGCGUCUAGGAACACGUACCGACACCAUGGGUCUUAAAUCUAAAAAGAAAAAGAUAAAGAAGGGGGCUAAGCGAACAGCGAAGCACAAGGAGACCACAGGGGAGUAG